AUGGACGAGCAAGAGUUUGUAAAUCUGCUCGAGGGCCUGCUGCAGCCCGACACGGACCGUGUCAAGUCUGCUACCGCUACCCUCAACAAGCAAUACUACAGCUCGCCUGCCUCUCUCAAUGCACUCCUUCAGAUCCUCUGCCAGCAUCCGAAGCCAGAGCUGCGCCAGCUCGCUGCCGUCGAGGCGAGGAAGCUGGUAACGAAGCAUUGGGCCAACCUGCCUGCGGACCAGAAGAGCUCUCUCCGCAACCAGCUAUUCCAAUUCACAUUAAAUGAGGACCACACCCUGACCAGGCACUCCGCUGCCCGCGUCAUUGCCGCAAUCGCCUCCCAGGACUUCGAGGAUGGAGAGUGGGCUGACCUGCCUGGCUUCCUUCACCAGGCUGCCACCAGCCAAACUGCGCGACACAGGGAGGUUGGCACAUACAUCAUCUGGACGACUCUUGAGUCGACUGGCGAUGCCUUCCCCGGCAAGUCUGCGGAUCUCUACAAGCUGUUCCAGACCACCAUUCAAGACCCAGAGAGCGCCGAGGUUCGCAUCAACACCCUGUUGGGUUUGAGCCGCUUGGCCAUGCUCUUGGAGCCUGAGGAGGACCCCAAGGCCCUUGCUCUUUUCCAGGAAGCUAUUCCUGGUAUGGUCACUGUCCUCAAAGCUACUGUCGAUGAGGGCGACGAGGACCGCGCGAUGCAGGCCUUUGAAGUUUUCCAGACCCUCCUUGGCUGCGAAUCUGCUCUACUUGCCAAGCACUUUGGCGACCUCAUCAAGUUCAUGUUGGAGCUCGCCUCUUCCACCAACGUUGAGGAGGAUUACCGUUCGCAAGCGCUCGCCUUCCUCAUGCAGUGCGUCCGCUACAGGAAGCUCAAGGUUCAGGCUCUGAGGAUCGGUGAGGAGCUCACACUCAAGGCUCUUCACAUCGUUACAGAGCUCGGCGACAUGUCCAGCGAAGAUGAGGACGUUACGCCUGCCCGCUCAGCCCUCGGCCUGCUCGAUAUCCUGGCCUCAAGUCUGCCUCCUUCGCAGGUGGUCAUUCCUCUGCUCAAGAAUCUUGGCAACUAUUUUUCGUCACAGAACCCCGACUACCGCCAGGCUGGUAUUCUUGCUCUAGGCAUGUGUGUGGAGGGCGCGCCAGACUUCAUUGCGACCCAGCUCCACGAAAUCCUUCCCAUGGUUCUCCACCUCCUCGAGGACCCCGAGCUCAAAGUCCGCGCUGCUGCGCUCAACGGUGUAGCCCGUCUCGCCGACGACCUCGCAGAAGAUGUCGGUAAGGAGCACGCUCGUCUUAUCCCUGCUAUGAUCAAGAACUUUGAUCUUGCUGCCAGCAAUGUGCAGAACGCCGAAGACGAGCACAACAUGCAGAUCAUUCGUGGCAGCUGCCACGCUAUUGAUUCCCUUAUUGAGGGUCUCGAGCCUGAGGAUGCCGGACGCUAUGUUCCGGAGCUCAUCCCUCGCUUUAGCAAGCUAUUCCACCACGAGGAUCUGAAGGUCAAGAGCGCUGCCAUUGGAGCUGUCGGUUCCAUCGCAUCAGCUGCUGAGCAGGCUUUCCUUCCUUUCUUCGAGCAGACUAUGGCCGAACUCUCCCCAUAUGUCCGCAUUAAGGACAGCCAAGACGAGCUUGACCUUCGUGGUGUCACUUGCGACUCCAUGGGUAAGAUCGCUUCUGCCGUUGGCGCUCAGCCCUUCGAGCCCUACGUCCUGCCUCUUAUGGAAGCAUCUGAGGAAGCCCUCCAUCUCGACCACCCCCGCCUGCGCGAGACCAGCUACAUUCUUUGGAGUACCAUGGCAAAGGUCUACGAGGAGCAGUUCGCCAAGUACCUUCCUGGCGCUGUCAAGGGUCUUCAAGACUGCCUUGAGCAGGAUGAGACCGGUCUUGAUGUUGAGCUCGGCGAAGAAGCAAAGGACCUGAUCGGCACCGAGGUCACAAUUGAAGGUCGUAAGAUCAAGGUUGCGGCUGCUACCGACGAUGACGACAGUGAUCUCAACGAGGCUCUUAUGGAGGGUGACGACGAUGACGAGUGGGACGACCUCGGCGGUGUCACAGCUGUUGCCAUGGAGAAGGAAAUUGCCGCAGAGGUCUAUGGCGACAUUAUCACUCACACUCGCGCUGAGUACAUGCCUUACCUCGAGAACACGGUCACCAAGCUGUUGGAGCUCGUCGAGCACGAGUAUGAAGGUAUCCGCAAGGCCGCUCUCGGUACGCUUUGGCGCACAUACGCCUGCCUUUUCGGCAUGGCCGAGGGAGGAGGUAUGCAAAAGUGGACACCAGGACUCCCGCUUGCUGUAGAGCCACCAGCGGAUCUGAAGAAGCUCAGCAACCUCGUCAUGACUGCCACCAUGUCCAUCUGGCAAGACGAGCAAGAUCGGGGCACCGUCACCGACAUCAACCGUGAUAUUGCCGCCACAUUGAAGCUCUGCGGGCCCGCUGUCUUGAUGACCGACAACGGCACAGUGGUCCCAGACAUCUGCCAACAACUGCUCGCAGUGAUCACCAAGCGUCACCCUUGCCAGCAGGAUCUUGGUGAUGAGGCCGAUGAGGAUCUCCUAGACGAGGAGUCUUCUGAGUACGACUGGCUAGUCAUCGAGACCGCAAUGGAGGUCGUCACAUGUCUUUCUGUUGUUCUUGGUGGCCAGUUUGCCGAGCUCUGGAAGAUGUUCGAGAAGCCCAUCAUGAAGUACGCCAGCAGCCAAGAGUCGACUGAGCGUAGUGCUGCUGUUGGCACUAUUGCUGAGUGCGUCGGCAACAUGGGUGCGGGCUGCACACCGUACACUACCGGCCUUCUCAAGCUCCUCUUGCACCGCCUUUCCGAUGAGGACCCCGAGUCCAAGUCGAACGCCGUGUACGGAAUGGGCCUUCUCUGCGAGAUGACAACCAACGAUGCCGAGAUCCUGAAGAACCUCUCUACCAUCUUCUCCAAGCUUGAGCCUCUUCUUGAAGCGCAAGACCAGGCGCGCUUGCUCGAUAACACUGCAGGGUGUGUGAGCAGGUUCAUCACCAAGCACUCGGACAAGCUCCCCAUCGCCGAGGUCCUGCCACGUCUUGUGCAGCUGCUCCCUCUCCGCGAGGACUACGAAGAGAACAAGCCGGUGUUUGGCAUGAUCGUCAAGCUCUACCAGAACAACGACCCCACGGUGCAGCAGCUGACACCUCAGUUGAUGCCCGUGUUCGAGAAGGUGCUCGGCCAGCCAGAGGAGCAGCUCGAAGAUGAGACACGAUCGCAGCUCGUUGAGCUUGUUCAGUACCUACGCAAGUAGGGGAUUUCUUGGUUUACUCGGAUUGAAGGAUACCCGUCGGAAGACACUACAGAUGAUGAAUAAACACGGUCAUGGAGGGCUUGGGGCAUAUUGAUACCACGGCUUUAUGACGGAAAUUAGUAGGAAAAACGGAAUAGACUACUCGUUACGAA